CUGGGCCUCUCUCUGUAGGUGAUCCAGGCGGUGUUUUUCGGAGUGUGUGUCCUGAUCGAUGUGUCCAGUCUGCUGACUAAGGGAGGCGACAGCAGGGAGCAGGAGCGGCAGUUGAGGAAGCUGAUUGGCCUGAGGGACUGGAUGAUGGCUGUACUGGCCUUCCCUGUCGGAGCGUUUGUGGUGUUUACAUUCUGGACUCUCUACCUGUACGACAGAGAACUGGUCUACCCCAGACUACUGGACAACUUCAUCCCUCAGUGGCUCAACCACGGCAUGCACACCACCGUUCUUCCUUUCAUUAUCAUCGAGAUGCGGACCACCCACCAUCGGUAUCCCAGCAGGUCGUGGGGUCUGGCGGCAGUGUGUUGCUUUGGCGUGGGAUACAUUCUCUGGACGUGUUGGGUGCACCAGGUGACAGGCGUGUGGGUGUACCCGGUGCUGGAGCGCAUCACUCCGCUGGCUCGAGUCAUCUUUUUCAGCGCGAUGACCGCGGUGAUUUGUGUUUUCUACACGCUCGGAGAAAUCCUCAACAGCUACAUCUGGGACCAGCCGCACACAGAAAAGGUCAAAGGUGAGUAAUCUUCUCUCGGCGGUGCGGGCGUCGAUAUCGGCCUCAGUUGGAGAGAAGAGGACGAGUCGUUCCCCCGCCCACCCGAGUCAGCACAAGAACAGAAAACAACCGACCUCACCGGGAGUGGAAAAGACCAUUACCUUUGAACUGUACCCAUAACAAUAACAUAUACAACAGAAAAACCAUCAGUUAAAUGUGAAUAGAAAAAAAAGGUGGCGAAUGAAGGUAAAACUUAAAACUCAUCUUUUUUUGUUUUCCUGAUUUUUUUGUUUCAAUCAUGAGCAACCGUGUUGCAUCUGGCUUCUGUUAUGUGGACUAAACGCACAAACAUACAUGUACACAACGUAAAACACUUAACACUGCACACACACACAUGCACACAGGAACAGAAACAGUCUUCGUAUUAUGCUUUUCCGGUAUGAACUAUAUAUCAAUGUGAAUGGAUUCCUACAUACCUGCAAAACUACUGAACAUCAUGUGUUAAACCUCAUUAUUCAUCUUAUGAGUCACACUACAUGUAUGGAAGAAACUAGAUGUUGGUAUUAAAUCAAUAAAGUUUGACUUGAAAAUA